UGCUGGAGACCCACAAGAACAGAACCAACCAAGGAAGCACAACCGUUUGGUCCAGGAGUCCGACCAGCAGCAACAGCGAUCUCCAUGCCGCCUCUCCUGCAUGUCACCCUCUUCCUCCUUCACUUCUGCUUCCCCAGAGGACACAGCCACCUCUCCCAAAGCCUGCUAAUGCAGAAGACUGAGUUUGCACUUCGCCUCUACCGGAGCGCAGCAGCAGGUAGAAACGGGACAAACUUUGUCAUCUCUCCCACCGGCGUGUCCCUGCCCCUGGAGAUCCUGCAGUUUGGAGCCCAAGGGAACACUGGCCAGCAGCUGGCAGGUGCCCUGGGGUACACCGUGCACGACCCAAAGGUGAGAGAUGCCCUGCAUGCCGUUUAUGCCACACUGCGCAACUCCAGCCACGGCACUGAGAUGGAGCUGGCCUGCACCCUUUUUGUGCAAGCUGGGAUGCCACUGUCUCCCUGCUUUGUGGAGCAGGUCUCCUGGUGGGCCAACAGCAGCCUGCAGCUGGCGGACCUCAGCGAGCCCAACAGCACUGCCAUCCAGGGCAACGAAGGGGCAUCCAGACCAACCACAGGUAAAAGAAACCGUAAGAGCCCAGGUGGCCUGCCGUGGGAGCAGAUCAGAGCAGCAUCUGCUCAGCUCGCACUGGUGAGCACCAUGACCUUCCAAAGCACGUGGCGGAGGAGAUUCUCCUCCACCAACUCACAGGCCCUGCCUUUCACCUGUGCUCGUGGCCGCGUCUUCCAGGUCCCCAUGAUGCACCAAAUGACUGAGGUCAACUACGGCCAGUUCCAGGACUCAGUGGGCCAUCAGGUGGGAGUCCUGGAGCUACCUUACCUGGGAAGCACAGCAAGUCUAUUCCUCGUGCUGCCCCGCGACAGAGGAGCCCCCUUGGGCCACAUUGAGCCACACCUCACAGCCAGAGUCAUCCACCUCUGGACCACCAGGCUGAGAAGAACCAGGAUGGAUGUGUUCCUCCCCAGAUUUAGGAUCCAAAAUCAAUUCGACUUAAAGAGCAUUUUAAGUUCUUGGGGAGUCACCGAUCUUUUUGAUCCACUCAAAGCUAACUUAAAAGGAAUUUCAGGCCAGGAUGGCAUUUAUGUUUCUGAAGCAAUCCACAAAGCCAAGCUGGAGGUUUCAGAGGAAGGCACCAAAGCAUCAGCAGCCACAGCUCUGUUGUUACUGAAAAGGUCUCGGAUUCCUGUUUUUAAAGCAGAUCGGCCAUUCAUCUUUUUCCUGAGAGAACCCAGCACAGGGUUUGUCUUCAGUAUUGGGAGAGUUUCAAAUCCCCUUGACUAAAUUAGCAGAUCUCAAGAAUGUUCUACAUUUUCAUGUGUUUUUCUUCAUAAAAAGUUACAAUUUCAUUUUGCUAUACCCUUGACAUUUAAAAAGUAUUCUGAUAAAAGUGUAAAAAGAUAAGGGUAUGUGAUUUUUGAAUAUUAUGAACUUAAAAAUACUUCAAUUUUAUAAUUUUAUAGAUAUAUUUUGCCCUCUCAAUUCAAAUCUAAAAAUUUAACCUUUUCUACUAGUUACCCUCAAAACCACUAAAAGGCACAGCAGUGAUCUAUGAAUGGUGAAUCUGUCAAGUCACAGGAUGGCAUCCUCAAUAUGGAUAAAGGUCACAUUGGAGUGAGGGUGGAGAAUGGAUGGGUUCGGUUUUCUUCAGCCUGUGUAACUCAGAGGGAAUGCAAAAUGAGCAAAAUCGUCUUAAAUUGGUUUCCUUUCCAAUUAGCUUCU